CAUCAUGCAGUCCUUGUCCUGGAGAGGUGUCUUGCCUUUGGUAGCCCACUUGGCCGCCGAGCUGUUUGAAUCUGUGGCUCGCCAUGUCUCGCGCAGGUUAUGUCAUGUCUAUAGCAGAUUUGCAUGUUCGUUUUGUGCCUGAACCCGACGUGAUGCUCAACAUGGUCAAGCGUUGAGAAUAAACGCUCAGAUACUCACAACUACACCAGUCGAUAACGUGAUGAGGGGAAUCACUUGGAUGUAGAUGAAGCGAAGGACGAAUGGACAAGCGACAACACAUAUGGUGAAAAUCGAACCAAACUGUAGAAUCCAUCUCCAGGUUGGAUUGUCGAGAGAUGGACAGAUAAUAAUAGCAAGUCAUACAAGACAACGGAAAAACAUGCCGCUGUGGACCUUGGCUGUUCAUGAAGCUACCCCUCCUUUGUCGAGACAAGCCAACGUCAAGAAACAUUCCCAGCCACAAAGCACGAGUAAUCUCACACAACAGCAAUGUCUAACCUCAUGAAGGCCGUCGACAUCCGGGGCGGCAAGGGCCCGGCCUCGGCCCUCUUCAUCAACCCGCAGACCCCGCGGCCCACGCCGGGCCCGGGCCAGGCGCUGGUCAAGGUGGCCGCCUUCGGGCUCAACCGCAUGGACCUGCUGCAGCGCAACGGCAACUACCCGGUCCCGCCCCAGGCCCCCGCCACCCUCGGCGUCGAGUUCAGCGGCACCAUCGAGUCGCUCGGCCCCCCCGCCGCCGCCGGCGAUGACAACAACAACAGCGACGAUGAGCUCAAAGCCGGCGACGCCGUCUUCGGCCUGGCCUACGGCGGCGCCUACGCCGAGUACGUCGCUGUCGCCACGCGCAUGCUGCUGCGCAAGCCGCCCCACCUGACCUUUGAGCAGGCCGCCGGCGUGCCCGAGACGUGGAUUACGGCCACGCAGGCCCUCUUCAUCGUCGGCGGCAACGGCGGCUUCCAGCCCGGCCAGUCGGUGCUGUGGCACGCGGGCGCGUCGGGUGUGUCCAUCGCGGGCGCGCAGCUGGCCCGCCGCGCCGGCGCGUCCGCCGUCUACGCCACGGCCGGGUCCGACGACAAGUGCGCCUUUGCGGCGCGCGAGCUGCGCGCCGACGCCGCCUUCAACUACAAGACGCAGGACUGGGCCGCCGAGGUGCUGCGGGCCACGGCGGGGAGGGGCGUCGACCGCAUCGUCGACUUUGUGGGCGCGGACUACUUCCAGAAGAACCUGGACGCCGCCGCGCCCGAGGGCUGCGUCGUGUGCCUCGGCCUGCUGAGCGGGCCCGUCGUCAAGGACCUCAACAUGGCGCAGCUGCUUUACAAGCGCCUGCGCGUCGAGGGCAGCACCCUGAGGGCCCGCGACGUCGCGUACCAGGGCGGGCUGCGCGACAAGCUGGAGGAGUACCUGCCCGACUUUGAGUCUGGGAAGCUCAAGGUGUUUGUUGACAAGGUCUUCCCUUGGGAGCAGAUCCAGCAGGCUCAUGAGCUUCUUGAGAAAAAUGUCACUAGGGGCAAGAUCAUCUGCACCAUCUCGUGAGAUUACGCGCAUGUAAUUCUGAAAUCCAGGAUAAUGCUCUUACAUCGUAAAAGAAAACUCGCGUUGGUCAUGUCGCAAAGUGUGUUUAUCGACCAGCUGGACUAAACAAGCGAACUUGACCAAUCCACAAAAUAACCAUUAUCCACGCCA